AAACAAGAGAAGAGAAUGGGGAAGUGUGAGACUGAGUGACGGAUUUCUUCUUCGCUCAAGGGUGAACGCAACACUACCUUUUUCUCCCAACACAUAUGUGAAGAAUGAUUUUCUUCUUUUAACUCAUGAGCUCCCAAUUCCCAAAGAACAUCACUCCAAAAUAUCAACCCUAGGGUUUCAUUUCUCAAUCUCCUUCACGUUAACAGCCAUCUUCUUUUACGUACUCGCGUUUCUGUUUACGGAAACUACAUAGCUUGGGGAGAAGACGACGAACGAAGCUGCGCUAUUGAGCUUUGAAGAUGACAGAUGAGGGGUCAGAAAGGGACAACGCAGGGUUAGCGUCUCUCGAUUCGAUCGAGUCACGGUGGGUGUUUCAGGACGAUGACGAUUCCGAUAUAGAUAUCGACGGUACCGAUGCGGCCGAGAGUGCGGAUAGUUCGAUCCCCUGCAAUGACGUGGACUCUGAAGAUGAUGAUAAUGCCGAACAGCGGCUCAUUAGGACUGGUCCUCGGAUCGAUUCUUUCGAUGUUGAAGCUCUUGAGGUCCCUGGUGCUCAGAAGAAUGACUUUGAGGAUGCUACUAUAGGUAGGAAAAUUGGAUUGGCCUUCCAGACGCUUGGUGUUGUAUUUGGCGACGUGGGAACAAGUCCGUUAUACACCUUCAGUGUGAUGUUUAGUAAAGCUCCUGUUAAAGGAAAUGAAGAUGUUCUUGGCGCAUUGUCACUGGUGUUAUAUACCUUAUUUCUGUUUCCUUUGCUAAAAUAUGUCCUUAUAGUUCUCUGGGCCAAUGACGAUGGUGAAGGUGGUACAUUUGCUUUAUACUCGUUGCUAUGUAGGCAUGCUAAGGUUAGUCUUCUCCCCAAUCAACUGCCGUCAGACGCUCGCAUAUCGAGCUUCAGACUCAAGGUUCCCUCUCCCGAACUUGAGAGGUCUUUAAAAAUAAAGGAAAGACUUGAAUCUUCACUUACAUUGAAAAAGCUUCUUCUGAUGUUAGUUCUUGCUGGCACCUCCAUGGUGAUUGCUGAUGCUGUAGUAACCCCUGCUAUGUCAGUGAUGUCUGCCAUGGGUGGCUUAAAGGUUGGAGUCUCUGCAAUUGAGCAAGAUGAAGUGAAGAUGAUUUCAGUGGCAUUCCUUGUUAUUUUGUUCAGUUUGCAGAAGUAUGGCACAAGUAAAACAGGGAUUGUAGUCGGCCCAGCACUAUUUAUUUGGUUUUGCUCUCUUGGAGGAAUUGGUUUUUAUAACCUUAUGAAGUAUGAUAAUGGUGUAUUGAAAGCAUUUAAUCCAAUUCACAUAUACUACUACUUCAAGAGAAAUUCUACCAAGGCCUGGCGUGCACUUGGCGGCUGUCUUCUGUGUGCAACAGGCUCUGAAGCAAUGUUUGCAGAUCUGUGCUACUUUUCUGUGCGAUCUGUUCAGCUUACAUUUUUGCUUCUCGUUUUGCCUUGCCUUUUGCUGGGUUACCUUGGUCAAGCUGCUUAUCUGAUGGAUAAUCAUGCUGAUACAACAGAAGCUUUUUUCUCUUCUUUACCAAGUGGUGCUUUUUGGCCCGUCCUUUUAAUUGCCAAUAUAGCAGCUUUGAUUGCCAGCAGAGCAAUGACCACAGCGACGUUUUCUUGCAUUAAACAAUCAAUAGCGCUAGGAUGCUUUCCCCGGCUCAAAAUUAUUCACACAUCAAGAAAGUUCAUGGGGCAGAUUUAUAUCCCUGUCAUGAAUUGGUUUCUUCUGGCAUUAUCUCUGGUGUUGGUCUGCUCUAUCUCAAACAUUUAUGAGAUUGGAAAUGCUUAUGGUAUUGCAGAGCUUGGAGUGAUGAUGAUGAGCACAACACUUGUAACCAUUGUUAUGCUCCUCAUAUGGCAGAUAAACAUAAUUGUUGUGCUGAGCUUUGUUAUUGUUUUCUUGGGGUUGGAGUUGACAUUCUUUUCUUCAGUGAUGUGGAGUGUAGGUGAUGGAAGUUGGAUCAUAUUAGUGUUUGCCAUUGUCUUGUUUCUAAUAAUGUACAUAUGGAAUUACGGAAGCAAGUUAAAGUAUGAAACUGAAGUCAAGAAUAAGAUGUCUAUGGAUUUGUUGCGGGAUUUGGGGCCAGAUCUAGGGACAAUCAGAGCACCGGGAAUUGGAUUGGUUUACAAUGAACUGGCAAAGGGCAUACCUGCAAUUUUUGGGCAUUUCCUUACCACACUUCCAGCUGUGCAUUCUAUGAUAAUUUUUGUGUGUAUAAAAUAUGUCCCUGUCCCUGUCGUGCCUCAAAAUGAAAGAUUCUUGUUCCGGCGGGUCUGUCUUAAAAGCUACCACAUAUUCCGUUGUGUUGCCAGAUAUGGUUACAAGGAUGCCCGCAAAGAGAACCACCAGACAUUUGAACAGCUUCUGAUAGAGAGCCUCGAAAAAUUCAUCCGAAGGGAAGCUCAGGAGCGCCAGCUGGAAAGUGACAGCGAUGAGGAUUCAAAUUCCGAAGAGGAGGGAACACCAUUCUUCUCAUCAAGGGUGCUCGUGGCCCCUAAUGGGAGUGUCUACACGCUAGGCGUGCCUCUCUUGUCCGAUAUAAGAAACGACAUUGGGGGGAAAGCGGAAGUUGUGGAAGAGGUUGUGGCGCCAUCCUCUUCAACGACUAACAACCUAUCAGACUUUUCAGAGGCAGAGCAGAGCCUGGAGAAGGAGCUGUCUUUUAUACACAAGGCUAAGGAGGGCGGGGUUGUGUAUCUUCUUGGACAUGGGAAUAUAAGGGCAAGAAAGGAUUCUUGGUUCAUUAAGAAGCUCAUCAUAAAUUAUUUCUAUGCAUUUUUGAGGAAGAACUGCAGAAGGGGUAUUGCAAAUCUGAGUGUCCCGCAUUCUCAUGUGAUGCAGGUUGGCAUGACUUACAUGGUGUGAAGCAGUGAGUGUUCCUUCUGCCCCCCCACCGCUUCUAUCUGGAGAGAAUGUGGUGUUGGUCUCUAUUGUGAUGCAAUUUCGAAUUUCAUACAUUCUGCUUGCCUUUCUGAUGUGAGAUCCUGGAGCUGCUCGUCGUACUGCAAGAGGAGAUUUUGACUUUCUCCUCAUAACACGGGUUUCAUUCAUUAUAAGCUCUGGUUAUAGGUUACAGAUGGCAUUUCCUUUUUUGCCGCAGCCCGCAAGUCAAAUUGUCAAAAUAUGCCGUAAUAUUUAUCCAAUGUGUUACAACAUUGUAAAUAAAGGGUUCGUUUGACCAUGGUCCAGAAAAUUUGCUUUGUAUAUAUGUUUUGGCACAACUAGCUGAAAAGACACUUUUAUAAAUUUUUAUUAAUUAAAAGAUCUUGAAAGAAAAGAUUGUAGUUGUUUGAUAAAAGCUUAUUGUUUAAUGUAGUUCUGUUU